AUGAAUACGCCAAAGGAAGAGAACGACGAAGGCUUCGUGUUCAAACGAAGACGCAUGUCUCGUUCGCUAACCUCUGCGCCGUCAUUUCCCGGUGUCCAGUCAACGGCCUAUAAACCGCCAUCCCUCAAAGUGGACCCCACACAAGAACACACGAAAAGUCGAGCAUCAAGCAUUGCACCAUAUAACGAUACAUCAUCGAUACCUUCAUCAUUUCCAUUAUCACCUGAAUCACCUAAUACACUACCACCACCACCAAUCCGAUCAUCGCAAGCACGGUCCAUGGCGGGUUCUUUCGAACCUCAGACAAGGAAAAACCGCCCAAGUUCGAUACCAUUCAACGACACAGGUAGCCGACGAUCCAGUAUAGAAAGCUUUUAUUUCCAAGAUCUACCUGACCAAGUACCACCGGAUCAGUAUUACACACGGUUGAAUCCACACAUGUCCGAGUCGGAUCGUCUGAGGCAAUUGCUGAUAUGGAGCGCACAGAACUUGCGAAACCAGAAUCCACCUACCACCACAAAUGGCACCACAAAUGCGACCAAAAAAUCAGAACAAGUCGUGAAUAAAAUAGUGGACCGAUUGCAAAGGAAAUUUAUAGAGAAGCUAAAGACCGGAGAGAUUCCUAUAUCAUUGCAUCAACCGUUGGAACCAAACUCCACCCCUCUCGAAUCCAAAAAUCCCAAUCCACUCAACGAGCAUAAUAAAGAGCGCAUACGGAAAGCGGAGGCGAAAAUGGCCAUAUUGAAACAAGAAUUGGAAGCCUGGCGACGGUAUUCAAAUGAAAGGUUUGAUGAACAUGCCAAAGCCGUGGAUGCAUCAGCUUCGACCAAAGAAGCGUACCGUAAAUCGAUUGAGGGGAAAUCGCUCAAAGAACUUUUACGUGAUGCGGAUCCGGAAUUUCAAGCAUUUGCGUCUCAACUCAGCGACGAUGAAAUGGAUGAACAAAUGGAUAUGUUGAACAAAUCAGUGGAGGCGAUUCAUCCUUCCGUCUCUGAAUUACGGCAAACGAUGAAUACGGCGUUGCAAUUUCAGCAUGAAUCCCAUCAAUUUACCAAAAAGUUAUCCUCGGCCCUCGCUCAAUCCCUUUACGAAGCGAACCAAUGUAUACCGCCGCCUAGUCAACGCGAUGCUCUUUUGGAUGAUGAAGCGAAAACCAAAAAUAGAAAAGCCGCCAUCAAUGAUAUCCUCAAGCUGUUAUCAAAGAAGGGACAAUGA